GGCGGCGGCGGGCGCGGGGCGGCACCGUGAGAUGGCGGCUCCGCGCCGGCCGAGCGGCGGGGGGCUGCGGCGGGCCCCUCAGGACGGGCGGCUGGAGGAGAUCAACAAGGAAUUUCUCUGUGACCCGAAGUUCAGUGAUGAAGAAGACCUGGAGGAGAAGCUGGCGGUGUUCAAAGAGAAGUACAUGGAGUUUGACCUGAACAACCAAGGCGAGAUCGAUCUGAUGUCCGUCAAAAGGAUGAUGGAGAAGAUGGGGGCUCCGAAGACCCACCUGGAACUGAAGAAGAUGAUCUCUGAGGUGACCGGCGGGGUUAGCGAGACCAUCUCCUACCAGGACUUCGUCAACGUGAUGCUUGGCAAGCGCUCUGCUGUACUGAAGCUGGUUAUGAUGUUUGAAGGAAAAGCCAAUGAAAGCAACCCAAAACCUUCUGGUCCGCCUCCAGAGAGAGACAUAGCCAGCCUCCCUUGAAGAGAGCAGGCUGGGAAAUUGGCACUGUUUGCUUUGCUGGUCUGUAACAGGGGUUACCUGUGCUUUGGUACUCUUUACUGUGGACAGUCCUAGUUUUCAACUAACCUGCCUUAGAGGAACAGCAAGGGAAGCUGGAGUCCCCAGCUUGGGUCUUUCUGCUGCACCCCUUAGCUAACUUGAUUUGUUAGAAGCUGUAGCACCAAGUGUAAUGUGAGACAAAAAAAAAAAAACAAA